AUGUCUUCCUACACCUUUGAGACCCUCCUCGUGGACAUUUCCGCUAGCGGCGUCGCACACGUCGAGAUCAACCGGCCCAAAAACCUCAAUGCCUUCAGCCACCAGACGUGGCAGGAUAUCGGGCGGUGCUUCGCGCAGUUCAAAUCCGACGGCAACGUGCGGUGCAUCGUGCUCAGUGCAGCUGGCCGCAUGUUCACCGCCGGCCUUGAUCUCAAGGAUGCCAUGAAGCGUGCAGCCGAGCGCCAAAAGGAGGACGGCAGCCGCGAUGUUGCCCGCAAGGGCUACUACCAGCGCCUGUAUCUGCUUGAGUUCCAGGACGCACUGACGCAGGUCGAGACAUGUGACAAGCCGGUCAUUUCUGUUGUCCAUGGCGCAUGCAUUGGCAUUGGCGUGGACCUGAACGUCGCAUGUGAUAUUCGCAUUGCCUCCGAGGACGCCUACUACUGCGUCAAAGAGGUCGACAUUGGUAUGGCAGCAGACAUCGGUACGCUGCAGCGCCUGCCCAAGGUCGUCGGCAACGACAGCUGGGUGCGCGACAUCUGCUACACUGCUCGCAAUGUUCCGGCCAAGGAGGCGCAGGCCUUUGGUCUGGUCAGCAAUGUAUACAAAACUAAGGACGAGUCGAUGAAGGCCGCGUUUGAGCUCGCUGAGACCAUUGCCAGCAAGUCGCCGGUUGCCGUUGUUAGCACCAAGCACCUGCUCAACUACUCGCGCGACCACACGGUUCAAGAGGGGCUUGAGUACACCGCGUUGUGGAACGCAUUGGCGCACAACUCGAAGGACAUGGGCGUCGCAAUGAUGGCCAGCCUGCAGAAGCAGAAGGCGACGUUCCCCAAGCUUUAGGUAGUUUUUAGCAGGUACUAAUAAAUGGCCCGUGCGCAUUCCCG